UCAAAAAGCAGUGCCCGGAGGCGGAGAGGAGCAAUGCACAGCUCUGGCAGGAUGCAGGAGAGCUCUUAUUUUGGGGACCUUCCCGGAGUCGGAGAAGUCCAUACUGGGACAACUAUAAUGGCAGUGGAGUUUGAUGGUGGUGUCGUGGUGGGUUCUGAUUCCCGAGUUUCUGCAGGAGCAGCUGUGGUGAACCGAGUGUUUAACAAGCUGGCCCCUCUGCACCAACGAAUCUAUUGCGCACUGUCUGGUUCAGCUGCUGAUGCCCAGGCCAUAGCUGACAUGGCCACUUACCAGCUAGAGCUUCAUGGGAUGGAGCUAGAAGAACCCCCCCUUGUUUUGUCUGCUGCAAACAUAGUGAGGAAUAUCACUUACAAGUAUCGGGAAGAGCUUUCUGCCCAUUUGAUGGUAGCUGGCUGGGAUCCGUACCAAGGAGGCCAGGUGUACGGGACCAUAGAAGGGAUGCUGACUCAACAGCCUUUUGCUAUAGGGGGCUCUGGGAGCACCUACAUUUAUGGCUACGUGGAUGCCGCCUAUAAACCAGGCAUGUCCCCUGAGGAGUGCCGACAAUUCGCUACUAAUGCUAUUGCUCUGGCCAUGGGCAGGGAUGGCUCCAGUGGAGGGGUCAUCUAUUUGGUCACCAUCACAGCUGCUGGCACCAAACAGGAAAUCAUCUCAGGGAAGGAGCUUCCCCAGUUCUAUGAUGAAUGAGCCAUCUUCACAUAUUACUCCAUCUUUGUUUUAUAAUAAACUUUUUGUGUUCAGA